GUUGCAUUAGAUUAACGGCACGUUUCCAAAUACGGACGAAUUCGUUGCCGUCGUUGGAAUGGGAGUCGGUCCUAACCCAAGGACGUCUUGUACAGUAUUGUACUGUACUGUACUGUACUGUACAUGAAAUCGACGUUCAUGCAGCCCAGUCGUGCAGUAAAAUCUUCCUCCUGAGGGUGAUAGACUUACAUUUAAAGAGGCGAGCGUUAAGUCCACACGGAGGCAGUGUUUCAUAGAACUGGUGGGCUUGACUCUGAGCUCGCCAUUAUACCCCGUGAUCUCCAAAACAUAACAAAGUGGCGCAAAGAAACAUGGCGAGCGCUGAGGAGUCACGAAGACGCCCCUCCGUUACAUCCUCUUCAGUCGGCCUGGAGGCCCUGUUUCCAGGCGGUACGUCGGAGCACUCUUGUGGCGAAAGGAACCCGGAGCUCGAGCGGGUGCGGGAGCGCCUUCAAGACUGGCUGUUGCCCUACGAGGCUGCGCUUCUGUGGUUUCAGCGGCUGCUGGUGUGGGAGAGGCCACUGUACAGCAUCUCGGUGGCGGUCACGCUCAACACGUUAUUCUGGCUCCUAUCAUACACUUCCCUGCGCCCACUUUUCCUGUUGAGUGUGUCCCUCCUGGGACUGAUGCUGCUGGAGAGAUGGAAGCCCAGGUUGCUUAUCGUUACGAUUCCACGUGUUGAGAUUUCCCCCAUUCAAAGUGAAUCAGUGAGCACAAAGCAGCGGCUCCUUAGCCUUCCUGAGCUCAGUCACCACCUUGCGGAAAGUUACCUGACAUCUUGUCUGUUCCUGCACGAGACACUACAGUACAAACGACAGAAUCAUGGCAAGUUCUGCGCAGUGAUGUGCAGCGGCUGUUUUGUACUUGCGGUUGUCGGACAUUAUGUUCCAGGAAUCAUGAUCUCUUAUAUCAUAGGUCUGAGUGUAAUUCUGUGGCCACUGGUGGUGUACCAUGAACUGAUCCAAAGGAUGUACACCGGCCUGGAGCCCAUCCUAAUGAAACUGGACUACAGCAUGAAGGGAGAUACAGAGCCUCGCAAGCAUGAUAAGAGAAAAUUAAAGAAGGAGAUGGAGGAAGGUGAUGAGCCAAGAGCCGAAACAGAAAGCGAAAGCGACGAGGAGCUCUCCUGUUUUGCGCCAACGGUUGACGUUAAAACUACGGCCCUAGCAAUGGCCAUUACAGACUCAGAAUUGUCUGAUGAGGAGGCGUCCAUAUUGGAGAGCGGCGGGUUCUCAGUAUCCAGAGCUACGACCCCCCAACUGACGGAUGUGUCUGAAGACCUGGAUCAACAGAGUUUACACAGUGACCCUGAAGAGUCCUAUCUGCGGGAUCUACCUGAGUUUCCUUCCAUUGAAGAGUUUCCGUCCUUCGACCACAACCGCCUGCGCUUCCCAUUACAAGGGACGGGCCAAAGUGAAAGAACCCAGGCAAGCGCUCCUGCAGAGGCCCAACAGUUGAGCCCCGCUAGCCUCCUCAUCCAGCACCUUGCAUCCCCUCUUCACUUUGUGAACACUCACUUUAAUGGCCAUGGGAGACUGCCCGGCACUGAGGUGGGUGUGGUGCCGGCAAUAGGGGAAGGAGCUUCGGGCCAGAGAGUAGAGGAGAGGGAAGCACUUGUUACCCAAGGUGCACAACGGUCACUUGAGGCUCUAAGUGAGGAGAUUGUAAGCACAGCCAUCUCCACUGUGGUGCAGAACACUUUGUCAGCACUGCUACGCUCCAGCGAGGCCAAUGAGGAGCCCGUCCUGGCUGAGUUCCUUCCUCAUGAGUCCCCCCCAGGCAUUAUGGAGACCUCCGCCCAACCCACCGAAAACGUUUCCCCUGUGAUGGCGCAGAUGCUGGCGCCUGACGAGGACCUAGAGACAAUAACCACAGAGAGCAUUACUGGUGAUUACGUGCACGAUGAUACGCUGGUUGCCACCGAGGAAGAGGAUUUUGAGCUUCUGGACCAAAGUGAACUCGAGCAGGCAGAUGAGGGGCUGGAACUCAGCCCUGAAAAACUGCUCGUGGGGGAAACAUUGGAAGCUGCACAGCAUCAACAUCAGUCAUAGCUUCCCUUUUGCACCCCCAAAAAGAAAUCCCACCAUCCUCCCAAUCCCCCUCCUCUUCCUAAAUGUGUUUUCUUUUUAAUGUGUCCAUUACGAUUACAUGAUACACACCACUACACGCAAAACAUUUAUAUUGUUGUUGCCCGAGAACAGCUUGAGCUGUCAGCAUUUCAGAUCUGCCCUCUAAGAAAUGAAAUUUGCUUCGUAAGCAAAUUCCCUGUGUUGAAUUAACCUGCUGUCAAAAGCAGGUGUUUGUCCAGAUGUUGUUACAGAGAUUAGCAUUACAAUGCAGUAUGUGCUCUAAAUUAUUUCAUUUAACUGCUAGAUGUCAUAUUUUGCUGUGGGUGCAUUCAAAGUUUUAUUACACCCCUUUAAUGAUAUUGGUGACAUGCCACAAAUAGAUUAAAAGUAUUCUCUUUGUCUAAUCAGCCACAUUGAGUCAUAGUUGCGCUUUCACUCGUUGCCUGGAAACGGAAACUUUGACAGUGUUGGAUGUUGAAAAGCUCUUUACCCACACAGGUAAAUGACCUUAACAGCUUUCCUCUAUGGUUGGUGCCUCGUUCUUAACUAAAAUUUCUUAGACGCUAAUUUUAUGCCACAUCGUUGCUGCAGGUGAUGUUGAGUUAUUAUAGUUAUCCAUUAUUUAAGAACCAACCACAACAAGUACAUUGCAUGCCUUGCAUUACACAUGAACUAACCAUGUUCAAUUGUCAGGUCUUGGAAAUUCGGAAGAAAUGUAUGUUUUGCUUUAACUGCUCAGCAUCCAAAUCUCAGGAGGUAGGGUGUACAAAUUGGCUCCCGGCAUUGUGUUUAUUUCCCAACUUGUCCUCAUGAACUGUAUUUGUACUAACCAUUCAGUUUACCAACCUGCCAGUGUAUAUUGUAGAAAUGAUUUAAAAGAAAAAUGGAAUUUAUAUAUUCCGCAAUAUUCUGCAUGUAAAAACACUUUCGUUUCUCAACUAUGUGCUGCACAAUGUGUGGGGGGAAAAUACAUUUGAAUGUUUCGGCUUAAAGUCAGUUUCUUUAUUAUUUCUCAGUGAGCAGUUCUCCUUUGGUUUGUCCUCAUUACAGUGACCUGUAAAUGAAGAGCAAUUGAUGACA